AUGUCAAAAUCUGCAGAAGCAAAAGAAAUUUCUAAAGAUAAUGAAAAUGAUCAAUUAUAUUCAACGGAUCAGCAAGCAGGUCAACAGCUGACAAAAAAUGGUGCAACACUAAUCGAACAGAUCAAUAAACAGAAAAAAGAAAUUGAAGAUGAAAUAAGGAAAGAGCAACCGUUGGUCGCUCAGAAGGAAGCAAUUAGCGUUUUAUUAAAUGAAUAUGAUCGCGAUAGAAGUGCUGAAUAUUAUCAGAAAUCAGAGGAAUUGGCAAAAGUAUAUAGUUUUUUACGUCGUAUUCGUGGUGAUGGUUGCUGUUUCUAUCGAGCUCUUCUUUGUGCUCAGCUUGAAUAUAUUUUAAAGGAUGCGGAAGAAUUAGCCAGGUUUACGAAAGUAUGCAAAGAAUGGCGGCAACGUUUAAUAAAGCUUGGAUUUCCAGAAUUCACUACGAACGACUUUUGUGAUUGGUUCGAUGAGUUGUUGGAUGGUAUUGCAGCGGGGCAAUAUAAUGAAAAUUUGCUUAUUGAAGCUCUGAAUGAAGAAGGCCGCUCAAAUUACUACGUAACUUUCUUUAGGUUAAUCACAUCCGGUUAUUUGCGAGAAAAUGCUGCUGAUUAUGAGGGUUUCAUUGAUGGUGGCCGUACAAUCGAGCAAUUUUGUCAAUGCGAAAUAGAACCAAUGUUCAAAGAUUGCGAUCAUUUAGCAAUUAUUGCUUUAACAAAUGCUAUAGGUGUAUCAAUUCGUAUUGAAUAUAUGGAUCGAACAGCAGCACUACAUCAUGGCUGGUUUUAUGAUUUUAUUGUCGAUAAGAAGCUACCAAGGCAUUUUUUUCUUUAUCGCCCGGGUCAUUAUGAUAUUAUUUACAAGGCUUAA